AUGGUAAUCCAAUUUCUGGACGGUGGUCUGGGAACUUCCCUCGAAGAUAAGUACGGUAUAAGCUUCGACAGCACCACAACGCCACUCUGGUCUUCCCACCUCCUUGUCUCAGACCCGAUCACGUUAGAAGCCUGCCAAAAGGACUUUGGCGCAGCAGGGGUAGAUGUUCUUUUGACAGCAACAUACCAAGUCUCCAUUGAGGGAUUUGCACGUACCAAAACAGCCGAGUUCCCCAAUGGCGUCCCCAAAAACGCAAUAUCCCGUUUCCUACAGACGGCAGUGCGGGUCGCUGAGCGAGCUAAGGUUCGCGAGAGUGCCAACAUCGCUCUGAGUCUCGGCCCGUACGGUGCAUGCAUGAUCCCUGGACAAGAGUACAGCGGCGCCUAUGAUUCCGAGCACGAUGGCGAAGAAGCGCUGUACAGGUGGCACUUGGAGCGUUUGAGACUUUUCUUAGCUGCUGAUGGCGAUUUUUUUGCGCGAGUACAGUAUGUUGCAUUUGAAACGCUGCCUCGGCUUGACGAGGUUCGCGCUGUGAGGCGGGCUAUCUUUGACUCGGGCAUUCGGGUUCCAUUUUGGAUCUCCUGUGUCUUUCCUCGUGAGGACGAGUGCUUGCCUGAUGGGAGCUCCAUUGAAAAAGUUGUACAAGCUGCUGUCACGCCUUUAGAAGGCGGGCUUUCGCCGUGGGGUAUCGGCUUUAAUUGCACUAAGCUUCAUAAGCUUGCUGGCUUGAUUGAGGGGUUUGGAGUCUGUGUUUCAGAUGCUGUUGCUGCUGGAAAGAUCUUGGCUGUGCCUAGCUUGGUUUUGUAUCCUGAUGGGACGAAUGGAGAAGUGUACAAUACGACGACGCAGAUCUGGGAGAGACCGUUUGGUUCAAGCUUGGGAGAUCAAAGAGAUACGCAUCCAUGGGAAGCCCAACUUGCCAAGGUAGUCAAAAAUGCCAGCGAAAAGGGCCCAUUUGAGUCAUUCCUUGUGGGUGGCUGUUGUAAGGCAUCCUGCAGUGAUAUCCAGAAGCUUCGAGAGCAAUUCUAA